AUUUUUUCUUCUGCAUUUACUGAAACGUGACAUUCUGCUAAUAAUUGAUGACCCAAAUAUUUCUAUUGUCUGCGUACUUGGAAGUAAUAUUGCAUUCGACCUAGUUGAAAAUGUCUAAAGGAACCACAAUUAAAGAAGCCCUUGCUAAAUGGGAAGAGAAAAAUGGAGCUAAAGCUUCAGAAUCAAAAGAAGUCAAAUUAUUUGGUCAGAUUCCACCUGUUGAAAAAAUGGACGCAUCCCUAUCUACUUUAGCACAGUGCGAGGUGUUGUCUUUAUCUACCAAUUCCAUAGAAAAAAUUGCCAAUUUAAAUGGCUUGAAACAUUUACGAGUUUUGUCCCUUGGCAGAAAUAACAUCAAAAGUUUAACAGGUUUGGAAGCAGUAGGUGAUACAUUAGAAGAAUUAUGGAUUUCUUACAACUUGAUAGAAAAAUUAAAGGGCAUUAAUGUAUUAAAGAAAAUUAAGAUUUUAUACAUGUCUAACAAUGCUGUGAAAGAUUGGGGAGAGUUCCAGAAAUUAGCAGAUUUACCCUGUUUAAUUGAUUUAUUGUUUGUUGGUAAUCCAUUGGAAGAGAAACAUUCAGCCGAUGGAGACUGGAGAGAUCUGGCAGCAAAAAAACUUCCCAAAUUGAAGAAAUUAGAUGGUGUUCCAGUUAUUAGAGAAGAAGAAGAGAAUGAAGAUUAAAUAUCUGAUCAUUUUCAAUAUUUCAUAUUUAAUAUUUCAUUUUCAUUGGCAAUUUUUUAAGAUUUCAUUUUCGCUUUUCACUUGAAUAUUCUUGGAAUGAAGGGCUUCACAGGCAGUCAACCAAAUAUAACAUAUAGAGUCAUAUGGUUAAAACUGAAAGAAAGGCCAAUAUCGGUUUUAAUUGUGAUAUAUUGUAUAAGAGGCACUUUCUUUUUCAAAAUGCCUUUAUCCAAAUUCUAUUUUAGACCUAAUUUAUUAUGAAUUAUGAAAUCUGUGUCUGAGGGAAAGUUUUACAAAAAAAAACUUAAUUCAAUGAAUUGGCAAGAUAUGAAGUGAUUUGGACUGAAUACUGACAAAAUUUUGAAGCAUGUUUCAGUGUUUGUUUUGUUUUGUUUUACUAUGUAAAUAGAUCUGAUAAUUUAAUACAUUUUACAUCAAAAAUAAACUUUUGUCUCUGUUAUAUGC